UAUGUACGUACCGCCGAUCCGAUGAUGGUGAUGUGAUGUGAUGAUCGGAGGUUUAAUUAGGCGCGGCUGUAACAUGAACAUUCAUAAUUCCGCUGGCAUUCAAUCAAUGCAGACGUGAACGAUUCCGAUUCCUAUUCCAAUUCCAAUUCCAGUGAUCAAGUGCCAGCGAUCUCGUGCAAAGUGCUCAGUGUCUCAAUUCUUCUCAACUGAAUUCCCACAAAAGUGGGUCCUCAAAGCCAGCCCAUAAAUAUCUUUAAAAGCUAAUUAAGUCAACAAGAAACCCACCAUGGAAAGUGAUUCGGGAAACUGCUGUGCCAAUCUCAGAAAUGGCAACGAGUGCUGCAGGAAGACUACAGUUUCAAAGGAAAUAGUGCCCAAAGUAUUUCCGGACAAGAUCUACAAAUCAGAGCAACCCAAAGGAGUGGAUGCCACGGGAAUGACCUGCGAGUGUGGAGUGUUUGGAGCCAUUGCUUGCGGGGACUAUCCGACACAGUUGGACAUUGCUCAAAUGAUCUGCUUGGGAUUGGUGGCCCUGCAGCAUCGAGGCCAGGAGUCCGCAGGAAUAGUCACCAGUCUGGGAAAGUGCUCCAAGAACUUCAGCGUCCAUAAGGGCAUGGGAAUGAUCAACAAUCUGUUCAACGACGAGGCCAUUAGGAAGCUGAAGGGCAACCUCGGCAUUGGACACACCCGGUACUCCACAGCAGCAGCCUCUGAGGUGGUAAACUGCCAGCCCUUUGUGGUGCACACGGCCCAUGGAGCCCUCGCCAUUGCCCAUAACGGGGAGCUGGUAAACUGCGAGUCCCUGAGGAGAGAGGUCCUGGAACGAGGAGUAGGUCUGUCCACCCACAGUGACAGCGAGCUGAUCGCCCAGUCCCUUUGCUGCGCCCCCGAGGAUGUGUCCGAGCAUGACGGACCCAACUGGCCGGCCAGAAUCCGCCACUUUAUGACCCUGGCUCCGCUCUCCUACUCCCUGGUGGUGAUGCACAAGGACAAGAUCUACGCGGUGAGGGACUCCUACGGCAACCGGCCCCUGUGCUUGGGAAAGAUCGUGCCUGUGGAUGCAGGACAUGCGAAUAUCGAGGACCAGGUGGCCGAAGGUUGGGUGGUCAGCAGCGAGAGUUGCGGCUUCCUCUCCAUCGGAGCGCGAUACGUCCGGGAGGUGGAGCCGGGCGAGAUUAUAGAGCUCUCUAGGAAUGGCUAUAGAACCGUGGACAUUGUGGAGCGACCGGACUACAAGCGCAUGGCGUUCUGUAUCUUUGAGUACGUUUAUUUCGCCCGCAGCGAUUCCAUGUUCGAGGGUCAGAUGGUGUACUCCGCCCGCCUGCAAUGCGGUCGCCAGUUGGCCAGGGAGUCGCCCCUCGAUGCGGAUCUGGUCAGCUCAGUGCCCGAAUCGGGAACAGCAGCCGCCCAUGGCUACGCCCGAGAGUCCGGCAUGCCGUUCGGGGAGGUCCUCUGCAAGAAUCGCUAUGUGGGCCGCACAUUCAUCCAGCCCUCCAACCGAUUGAGGCAGCUCGGAGUGGCCAAAAAGUUUGGAGCCCUGGCCCAGAAUGUUGAAGGCAAACGCAUCGUGCUGGUGGAUGACUCCAUCGUGAGGGGCAACACCAUUGGGCCGAUCAUCAAGCUCCUGCGGGAUGCGGGCGCCACCGAAGUGCACAUCAGGAUCGCCAGUCCGCCCCUGCAGUAUCCCUGCUACAUGGGCAUCAACAUUCCCACCCGGGAAGAGCUCAUAGCCAACAAACUGAACGCCGAUCAACUGGCGGACCAUGUGGGAGCCGAUAGCCUGGCCUACCUGAGUGUGGAGGGACUGGUGAAGGCCGUCCAGAUGAACAAAAGUCACGUGAAUCCCCUGAAGGCCGGAUACUGUACAGCCUGCCUAACGGGCGAGUAUCCUGGCGGACUGCCGGAAGAGCUCAGCUGGUAGCUUUUAACGCUUCAACUCUCUGGUAGUCUUAACGUAGUUGUAAACUCAAGUGUGUACAUAAAAUAUAUAUUAUUUUCUACAAAAAUGGAUCAGCAAGGGAAUUAUCUGAUGGUUUACUUACUUCUUUGAGUAAUAUUUCUUCUGAACAUUUUUCUUAUAAAA